GAGAGAGGGGAAUAGCUGAAUCGAAGCAACUACUUUCCCAUCAUCGUCAAACCAAGAUUUUGAUCUGGCCGUCAUCUGUACUGCAAUUUUCUGCGCAGCAGGAGCAACGAAUUCCGAUCAUGUUGAAUAAGGUUUAGAUCUCGAAUUCGUCCGUGAGAGAGGAUCCCUUGACGACGAAAAUGGGUCGUAUUUUCGAGUAUUUCGUGGUUUGUGGACUCGGCCCGGAGAUUCGUACCCUGGAUGGUGAUAUAGGGUUCCAUGGGACGCAGACAUUGUACUUGCCUUCGCUUCUCGACCAGUUCCCUCCGUCGGAUCACUCCCUCUACCCUCCUCCUCCUCCCCAGCUUCCUACUUGUGUUCUACCUGCUGGGGUGGAGUUUCAUUCAUCUGGGUUUGAUUCCAGUGAUCCUGCUAGUUUUCCUCGAAGCUAUCCUAUUGUCUUGACAGAGGGUGAUGGCUCAAAAAUAUAUGUCAGCUGCAUUGCAUUCCGGGAUCCAGUCGCAGAGGAUAUUAUUGAAGCUUACCGUUUACCACCUAAGGUGUAUGCAGACAAGUGUAUCUGUCUCGUUUCUCACUCACCCAGUUUUCGCAUACUUCGAAAUGCUCUUGAAGAGAUUUUUGCUCUUUGCUUCUCCUCAGAAGGAAGCAGCAAGCCACUGUGGGAUGUUAUCGCAUAUAUGGUAUCUAAUGUACCAUUACCGACUCCUGGAAAAGAUCGAGUCUUGUUUGCUGUUGAGAAUUGCCUGCUCUCUGUGGAAGCUCCUCCCGAGGACAGUCUUCCCCAUGCAGAUAUAUCCUUCCAACCCCUUGUACAAUGCUUGGAUGUGGACAACUUGAUUAAACUAUUCACAGCUGUGUUAGUUGAACGACGGAUUCUACUUCGAUCAAACAAGUACUCACUUUUGACUCUGGUGUCAGAAGCCAUAUGUCAUUUAAUUUAUCCUUUCAGAUGGCAGCAAGUCUACAUUCCAUUACUAUUUUUCAGUGGAGUAGACUACAUUGACGCGCCCACCCCAUACAUGAUGGGUCUUCAUUCUGGUGUUGAUACAUCAAAUCUUGCUAUGGAUGGUGUUGUAGUUGUGGAUCUUGAAUUCAACCAAAUCACCACAUCAGAGGAAAUACCUCCCAUACCAGAGCCUGAGCUAAGCUCUUUGCGCAACGAAAUCUUGAAACUACUGUACCCUAAUGUUGUGGAAAUCGACCACUUAAAGGGCUUUGGUAGUUUUGUUGAGCAGUGUCCUAAAAGCCUUAGCAAACCUUGGGCUGAGGAUCAUGACCUUCAGCUCAGGUUAAUAUUUUUGAAAUGUUUUGCAUCGAUCUUGGGUGGCUACCGCAACUUCAUAGAAAACAAAGUCUUUAGCACUGAUGCAUUUCUGAAGAGGCGCUCUCGGUCCACCAACCAGCCACCAGAGCCUAUGUUGGUUCAAUUCUUGGGUUCCUUGGCUUUUCUAGAUUAUCUUGAGAGACGUCUAGGUUCUGAUGAGAACAACAAUAAUAAUCUGCUUGAGAAAUUACAAGAUGCAAUGGGAAGGGGUCAAGAUGUUUUGUCGAUUCUUCCUAAGUCUUCUAUGGAGCCUGAGAUGAUCACAAUUGCAGAGCCUGAUGUUGAAGAAUCAGACAGCAGAUAUACAUACGAUAGGUUUCCUGCAAAUGUUCGGUCAGAGGAACAAGAAGAGAAGCGAAAACAGAUUCUUGCAGCAGCAAGCGGAGCUUUGGAGUCCACGGGAAAGCAGUCUCCGAGCUCACCGCUGGGGAAAAUAUCCAAAGAAGACAGUCUCAGUUCAAUAGAGAGAGCUGCAGAGAGAGAACGAAUGGUCUUGGAUAUACAAGUCAAGCUGCAGGGAUUGUGGCUACGUCUUCUGAAACUGGGUGCAACAGAUGAUCCUCUUUCAUCAUUUGAAUAUGGCACAAUCCUGGCUCUGAUUGAAUCUGAUGCUGAGGGGAUUGGUGGGAGUGGCUUUGUUGAGUGUAUCAGGGAGCAUCUCUAUUCGGGUUGGCAUGGUCAAUUGACUGAGGAGCAGUUCAUUGCUGUCAAAGAAUUGCUGAAAAUGGCCGUCAGCCGAGCUAUCUCGAGAAAUGAUGUCUCAACUAUUCGGGAUGCACUGGAAGUUUCUGCAGAAAUGUUCAAGAAGGAUGUCAAUAAUGUCUCAGACUAUGUGCAGCGCCAUCUCAUCUCUCUACCAAUCUGGGAGGACUUGCGAUUCUGGGAAGGUUACUUUGAGUAUCUCAUGGAGCAGCCUGCAAAUGAAUCGGUGAAUUAUGCAGCUUUGGUCACAGCAAGGCUGAUAAUAGUGGCAUCACAUAUGGUGAGCUUGGGUCUUCCUGAUACGGAGGCUUGGUAUAUGAUUGAAACAAUAGCAGAGAAACAGAAACUUGGAUACAAGCUACUGAUAAAACUCAGAGGAUUCCUGUCACAUAUUCAGCAACUGCGUACCGGUUACUGGGGUGUCUAUUCCGCUAAGCAGCAAUCAAUUGUUUCUGGAUUGCCAUCCCCGCGUCCAAAAGACGCCUUGGAUGAAACUCAGCAACCUGCAGAAGCUUCUGGAAGGAGUUGGGUUCAAAGCAUGUUUAGCAGGGAUUCAGCGUCAAGAGCAAACUCUUUCAGUCGUGUUCGUAAAUGGGUUUCUGAUAAUGCUUCUUCAGACAUAACUGCUGCUGCUCAGAAGAAAAUUCCGACCAAUGUACGUGUUCUUAAGGGUCAUGGUGGUGCUGUCACUGCUUUGCACUCAGUGACUAGAAGGGAAGUCUGGGAUCUUGUAGGUGAUCGUGAAGAUGCUGGGUUCUUCAUCAGUGGAAGCACAGACUGUUUGGUUAAAAUCUGGGAUCCGAGUUUGCGUGGUUCUGAACUCCGAGCAACCCUGAAAGGACAUUCUGGAACUGUUCGUGCUAUAAGCUCGGACAGAGUAAAGGUGGUAUCAGGAUCGGAUGAUCAAUCUGUCAUCGUAUGGGACAAACAAACAACUCAGCUUCUAGAAGAACUGAAAGGACACGAUGCACAGGUAAGCUGUGUGAGAAUGCUUUCGGGCGAGCGUGUCCUGACAGCUGCACAUGACGGAACAGUUAAGAUGUGGGAUGUCCGAACUGACACAUGUGUAGCCACGGUUGGUCGAUGCUCCAGUGCUAUCCUUUCAAUCGAAUACGAUGACUCCACAGGAAUCUUGGCUGCUGCUGGCAGAGACACGGUUGCGAAUAUCUGGGAUAUCCGUGCUGGAAAGCAGAUGCACAAGCUCAAAGGACAUACAAAAUGGAUACGAUCAAUUCGAAUGGUCGGAGACACCUUGAUCACUGGAAGUGAUGACUGGACGGCAAGAGUGUGGUCUGUUUCCCGAGGGUCAAUUGACACCGUUUUGGCAUGCCAUGCCGGACCAGUACUAUCUGUCGAAUACUCUACGCUAGAUCGAGGAAUAAUCACAGGCUCGGCCGAUGGGUUGCUCCGCUUCUGGGAAAAUGAUGAUGGUGGUAUAAAAUGCAUGAAGAACGUAACACUCCAUAACGCAUCGAUACUAUCAAUCAAUGCUGGUGAGAAUUGGCUAGGAAUCGGAGCAGCUGAUAAUUCCAUGUCUCUCUUCCACCGUCCUCAAACUGCCGGAACCAAAAUAUCCGGCUGGCAACUUUACAGAGUACCCCAACCAACUGCCGCUGUGGUGAGAUGUGUGGCGUCGGAUCUCGAGCGGAAACGGAUCUGCAGCGGCGGCAGAAAUGGUGUUCUCCGGCUGUGGGAUGCAACCAUCAACAUCUGAUCUCUCUCUCUCUCUCUCUCUCUCUCUCUCUCUCUAUAUAUAUAUAUAUAUAUAUACCCCCUUUCACACCCUUCACACUCCCAUUUUGUAUCUUUGUUAUGUUUGCCUCUACUGGUAUCUCACUUUUUUCAGUACUUUGGUCUCCGUUGUGUUGUUUAUGCCUAAUUCAGAGCAAGACAUUGUUGUGGUUAGAUGGAAUUUUUGUAUUAUUUUUUUUUUUGUUUUUUUUGGUAAUCUUCUUUGUUUUGUUAUAUGAUUCUUGUGUUGAUUGAUUAAUCACACCAUGGGAUUCAAUGCAUU